AAACGACGAGAAGGAUAUCAGUGUCCACGGGAUUGGCGGUGAAGUAACGACGGGAUGGGGCGGCGGAAGAGUGAAGGAAAGUACGGGAUGAAAUAAAAUAUAAAAAUAAAAAAAUUUAAGACAGGGAGGCGGUGGAGAUAGAUCGUUUAGUAGCACAAAGCUCGGCUUGGUCUAGUGUAGUUGUAGAAGCGGAAUUGGGUAGAAUGUAGAAAGAAAAGACUGAAAAGAGUAGGCACUAUAAAGAGAGGCAGAUGCCAAGCCGGAAAAAUGUCGAGAGAUGGAUAAAAGCGCGAGACGUAAGCCCGUGUGCGGGGGUGGCUACGAAGGAGGUGGACGGGAGGAGACCUGGAGGUGGUGCCAGUGCGGGGGUGCCAGUGGUACUAGAGGGCUGAGGGGAGCGCCAGUCGAGGCUGGGUGAGUAAAAAUGGCAAAGAAGGGAUACACUGGUUAUAUAGGUGUGUACAUAACGCGAUAGAGCAGUCGAGUUUUGUUGAAGCGAGACGGUGAGAGUUAUUGGGGGUGGUGAAAUGAGCGAGUUCGAGUUGUGUGCUACACCUAUCUGGUGAUACGUAAGUGCGAGGGAGAAAGACCUUCGUAAGUAAAGUAAGACGAGUGUAUGGAUGGAUCGCAAGGGCGCGUGAGUAGGGACUACGGGGGAUAUAUUCCGCGAGGUGGAUGAGUGAGGAGUAGAGGAAGAGAAAGAGAAAGAGAAAGAGGAGGAAGCAAUGGAGGAAGAGGAUUGGAGAGAGGGGCUAGAGUAGCAGCAGCAGCAGCAGCACCAGGAGGCCGAGGCUGCGGCGUACCCUCAGUGUCGGCGCAGUGGCCGGGCCAUCGUGUCGUAUGUCCGAAUCCCGUCACCGCGGGAUUCGAUCGGCUUUCCUGUCAACUCUUUACCUUAUACUACAUUAUUAAUAUUACUCUUACUAUUGUUGUUACAUAAAUAUAUAAAUAUAUAUAUAUUUUUUUUCAAACCACUGCACCCGCCAUGUGUUUUAGUUUUUAUCAAUCGAUUGUUUGGUUCCAACGAUUGCAAUCCUGAGGUGAUGGAUUUACUUUUUAUGGUUGAUAAAAAUUUUAAAAAUAUUUAAGGAGCGGUAACGGAGUUAAAAUAAUAAAUAAGGAAAAAAAUACGGUUAUUUUAUUUGAGUCGAGUCCUUGGUAGGACACUCGAGUGCAUUGAGACGAGGAUUCAUGUUACAGCCAAGGUGAUCCUUGGUAACGUAGAUAUAUAAAGCUAAAAAAUAAAACCGGGACUGUUCGAGUGCUGCAGACAUUUAUGGUGAUAAAUUAUACCCAAGAUGUGUAUAAGCCUUUGGGUACUGUGCUAAGUUUAAUAAAUCUCCUGUAAUUAUUUAUAAAUAUUAUUUAUCGCCCUCGUAAUUAUACACUCGACAUAUUUAAUAUUAUCAUAAAUUUUAGCUGUUUUUAAUUAAUAUUAUUUAUCGUAAUAUCGCGUAUGAUUUGGGUGAUCAAUGGUGGCGAGGAUGCUGUGCAGUGAAUGAGUUAAUAACAGGUGAAUUUAAAAUAUCCUCGAGCAAGUGUCUGUCAGUGUGUGUGUCUGUCAGGGAAAGUGAUAAAAAGGUGGAUCGGUCGGACAACAGGGUGAAUUUUUAAGGAGUAAGUCAUGCCGCCCGGGCGAGCUUGCCUCCAUUCAGCGGCCAGGAUCACUGCGCUCAUUCUCAUCAGCCCUCAUCGUCGUCUAAAGCUAAUGCUGAAUCGUCGCUACUGCUGAAAAGAGAAGACCGGAGGAGGAAUCCACAAGUUGGACUUGGAGCUGAGGCUGGACAUCAAGACACGAGAUUAUUUUAAAAGUGGGUAAUCUGGUGAAGCUGGAGCCCGUCACACGUGCCGUCUUUGGCUGCUCGUAGUGGCAACCGCUGGACGGGGAGGAGGCCAACCCCGAUAUGAACGCCAGCGUUAAUGUCGAGAGGAAUUCCUGGCGGCUGCCUCCCGACGAGACCGUCCAGGUUUCCGACCCUCGGACUAAGGAAGAAAUAAAAGAGGAUUCGUACGGCGACAGCGGUCACAACUGGAAGAGUAUAAUAUUCGCCCUGCUGGUUAUUGGAUUCGUAAUAGCCGGAAUCGUAACGGCAAUUUAUCUUCUAGGAUACGUAGACGAGCUAUUGUACUGGAGCGGGAGACGUCUCACACUAGAAGAGUGCCUUCAAGAGGAUCUGCCACCUCGUCGGUUGCCACCCGCCUGGGUAACUCAUGAUAAAUUCGUUUACCAAGCCGACGAUGGUUCAUUAGCGCUUCUCGAUACUUCCAACAACUCCGUCUCGCUGCUGGUGUCGAAUCACACUCUUAGACAGCUGAAUGUACAAGGCUAUCAGUGCAGCAGUAAUCUACGCUACGUGCUUUUUAAGCACGAUGUUAAACCAGUAUUCAGACACACGUUCACCGCUCUGUACACAGUUUACGACGUCACAAAUGACCACCAUACUCCCCUACGUCUUCACGCCUCGCCGCGAGUCCAGCCAACUAGACUGCAGUAUACCGCGUGGUUGGGCAACAGCACAUCACUAUUGAUGAUAUCCGAUAACAAUAUAUUCUUAAGAAUGUCGCCGUCGGCGCCAGAAGACAAGCGACUGACUGACACUGGAGUGCCUGGAAUUAUUUACAAUGGAGUACCAGACUGGCUCUAUCAGGAGGAAGUGCUUCCAAAACCUGAGGCUUUGUGGCCUAGUCCUGACGGCGGUCUGCUGCUCUACGCUGCUUUUAAUGACUCAAAAGUCACGUCUCUUGAGUUUCCGUGGUUCGGCAAUCAAAUGGGUCAGGAUGGUGCUAGUUCGAGUCCAGCGGGUAUUGUUAAGAAAGGAUCCUUUCCACCAUCGAAAUCCGUGAGAUAUCCGACGCCCGGAUCCCCAAACCCCGAAGUCUGUCUGUGGAUUCUCGAUCUCACCAACAUCACCACCGAUACAACUAAUGAAACUUUAAUUGCUUCUUUCGACAGGAUAAUGCUCAAACCACCGCCUAUACUCGAUGGCCAAGAGUUCUAUUUGAUAUCGGCGGGGUGGGUGGGGGAGCAGUCGGAUCAAAUAAGCAUAGUGUGGAUGACGCGAUCACAAAAUUUAUCAGUGGUAUCAGCGUGUCGUGCGCCCAAAUGGGAGUGCGAGGAGACACAUUCGGAGCGUGCACCAGAAGGCCAGUGGUUGGACGCACAGCCGCAUCCAGUGUUUGCGUCAGACGGGGGCAGUUUUUUGCUGCUAGCCGCGGUCCAGGAAGGCAACCAGGAGCACUUUACUCAUAUCAAACAUGUCGAGCUUACACAACAGAGAGUCGCCGUGUUGUCACAUGGCCGAUAUGAAGUCAGUGAAAUAUUGGCCUGGGACAGCAGCGCCCACUUGGUUUAUUACCUCGGUACACGUGAACGCAAACCAGGGCAGAAGCACUUGUAUGUGGUCAGAGACCCGACGACCGACGACCCGCGACGAUUAGAGCCCCUCUGCAUCACCUGCGAUCUCGGAGACGUUCUCUGGAGCAGUCGAUUCUAUUAUACCAAUUGUACACAUUUCGGUGCUUCGGUUAGUCCUUCAACAGAAACUAGACAAGGGUAUUAUGUGCUCCAUUGUGAAGGACCGGGAUUACCGCUUGCUGGAGUUCAUUCAGUCACUAACCACAAAAUGGUCCGUGUUCUAUAUGACUCGAGGGUUCAACAUGCUGAUAGAUUAGCCCAAUUAGCUUUGCCAACUCGCAAAAGUUUUGAAGUGCCGCUGCCACAGGGGUGGAGAGCCCAAGUCCAGCUCCAGCUGCCGCCGUCCUGGCGAGCAGAGCUCCGUGACGCGGCGUUCCCGGUCCUCGUGGAAGUGAACGGGCGGCCUGGGAGCAAGGCAGUGACGGACAAAUUUGAAAUCGACUGGGGGACUUACAUGUCAAGUCACAAUGACGUCGUGUAUGUCAGGCUGGAUGUCAGGGGGGCACGGGGCCAGGGCAAGCGGGCGCUUUUCCAUCGUAUUGGCGGCGUUGAAGUCCAGGAUCAAUUGACGGUACUACAGCAUCUAUUGGAUACUUAUCAGUAUCUGGACGAGACGCGGGUCGGUGUUUGGGGAUGGGGCUACGGUGGAUACGUAACUGCUAUGGUACUCGGCAGCCAGCAGAAUGUUUUCAAAUGCGGCAUUGCAGUCAAUCCUAUUGCAGAUUGGUUGUAUUACAAUUCAGCGUUCACGGAACGGGUCCUGGGCGCACCAAUCGAAAAUUACAAGGGAUAUGUCGAGGCGGAUUUGACUCAGCGCGCAAGAUUAGUACCGAGUCACAGCCUCUACCUUGUUCACGGUCUAGCUGACCUAACAGCGCCUUAUACACACGGUAUAGCCUUCGCCAAAGCUCUGUCUGAAGCUGGAGUUAUCUUUAGGUAUCAGAGCUAUGCGGAUGAGGAUCACGCUUUAACGGGCGUGAUCGAGCACGCUUAUCGAUCCAUGGAGGACUUCUUCACAGAGUGUCUCUCCCUGGAUGCCUCCUAGUGCCUCAACGACGAUUUCUUGCUCGUCAUUAAUACUGCGUCUUCUGCUUAUAACAGAAUUAAUACGGUCGUAAUUUAAUAUAUACAUAAAUAAAUAUAUAUAUAUACAUACUAAGCAAAUAUAUAUAUAGAUAGAUAUGAUAUAUUAAUAAAUAUGUAGAUAUAAGUGUCUUGUUAAGAAUGAGCGAGCGAAUGGCGGACUAGAUUAUUCUGUCGUUAUCCGAAGACUUGUAUUUAUUAUUAUUAUUAUCAUUAUUUCAAUUAUUUCAAUUAUUAUUAUUAUUUUUAUUACAUAAAAUAUCGUGAGAUUGUAAAGAUUCAGGUAAUUCCCAGGAAUUCGCGUAGUUUGCUCAAUGACUGAUUUAAAAAAAAUUCAAAAAUACGCGCGAAAGUUUACGGUCUAUGAGAAAAGUGAUUUCACUGUUAAAAAUUCGGAGUGAAUUCGAAGUGAUUACGGAUUUUAUUUAAAUCCGAUUGCACUCCGUUACUCGGCAUACGGAGUUUGUUUUUUUAGAGGAGUGAUUUCGGAGUGAUCUGGAUUUUAAUUCAAUCCGCAUUCACUCCAAACCGGAGUUUUGAUGUUUAAAUAAAAUCCCCUUCGGAGUGAAUUUUACUCCGAAGGGAUCAAAUAAAUAGUCACCUGCAUUCACUCCGCAAUUUUUUUACAGCGUAUUGAGCACUGCGAUAAUUAUAAAUUACUAAUUACUAAUAAUAAGUUUUACACAAUAUUUACUACAGAGAGUAACGUAAUUAUUUAAAUAAUUAAUAAGAGUUGAGGUUAAAGGAUAUCGCGUUUAUUAGCAAUAUAUUUAUAAGUGUAAUGACGUGCAAUGUAUUAAUUGUAAUAAUAAGUACGGAGUUAGUCUUUUAUUAAGGAUGUUAUAUAUGUGAGCUCAUAAUAAUAUACAUAUAUAUAUUUGAUUAAUAAUUAUUUAUUUAUUUAUUUAUAAGUUGCCGGACUGUAAGAAGAGUGUAGAAAAUAAUAGCUUGUGGUAAAUUUAAUAUUCAAGAUCGCUACCUUUUAAAUAUAACAUUUACAUCUUACAUAUAUCACAUUAGGGUGUUUCAGAAAAAACAAAUUUUUUUUUGGUAUGCAAAAAUUGAAAGUAUACCUGAAAAUAAAAAUUUUGGUGCCAAUCCGAGCUCUUAAUAAUAAUAUUAAGGUUUGUCUCAAUCCAUUUUUCUAUUUUCCAUUUAAAUAACAUAGGAAAAAAAUUUUUUUUUUUUAGAAUUUUCUAGCUUACAGACCACUCAACGGAUUUUUAUGCGAAAUAGAACUUUGUGUAGGAAAUUGAACGCUCUACAAAUAAAGUCUCUUAUCAUUUUUCGAUAAAUCCCACUGUUCAAAAGUUAUUUAAGCUUCAAGUCAAAUUUAUAGUAAAUUUUGAGAUCUUUUCACUUUUCUGGCGAAACUAUCAG